AUGCUUCGUCAAGAGAUUCCAACCUUGUCCUUGUUGUCGCCUUUGUCACCUUUCAGUGAGUCAUCCAAUAGUAGUACAGAUGAGCUAAUCAGAGUUCCAAGUCAAAGGGCUAUGGCAUUGCAGCAUCAAGACCCGUCUUUUGUAUCUGAUGGAAGCCAGUCUGACACCUCUGACAUCUCUGUUACAACUGUAUCAACUACCCAAAGUAUAGAAAGUGUAAAAAGAUUAGAACAGGCCCUUGGAACAACUAUUCCUUACUGGGAUUCGUCUCUGGACUUUGAAAUGGAUGACCCGGUGAACACAAUUUUGUUCACAGCCAGGUAUUUUGGAAAUGGUUUCGGUUUUAUUACUAAUGGCCCGUUUGCAAAUUUACCGGGAAGACCAAUUUUGCGCAACAUCGGAAGUGAUGGUACGCUUAUUUCAAAACAGGCUAUUGCGUCUGUUCUCAGUAGAACGCGCCAUGCCGAAAUUACUGAACCAAGCACAGCCGGUACUGUGCAAUACAGCCUAGAAGGUCACCACAACGGUCCACAUGUAUGGGUCGACGGAACACUAGCAUCGUUAGCAUCGGCAGCAUAUGACCCUAUAUUUUUUUGCCAUCAUGCUUUUAUAGAUUAUAUAUGGGAGCAAUUUAGGAGUCGUAUCCCAAAUGCAGAAUCAGAUUAUCCACCGACAAAUGUUGCAGGGCAUGAACCAUUCAGCUUCAUGGACUUUGGAGAAUUUCCCUAUGCUCCCAGGGUAAGGACUUCUGAAGGAUUUUCAGGAAGAUAUGCUCGAUUGAGAUCAUAUCAACCUGCACCAUCAUGUCCACGAUGCGCGGGCAGUCCUGAUCUUGUUUGUAAUACGGACCGAGGAAUUUGUGUAUCUCGAGCUGCACCACCCCAAAUGAGAAUGCAAGCUCCAGCAGCAAGAAGUCAGGCCGGGGCAGCUGCUGCCUCAGGAUUUACUGCACAAGUUGUAUCAGCACCGGACGCAGUGGAGGCAGACACGCCUCAAAGAGCUCAAAAUGCUGUUGCGCAGACUGGACCGCUAGCAACAGGACCAAAAAAGGAAAUACCUUAUCAAAAUUCAUUUAUUAUAAAUGGAAAGAGUGAUAUAAACCAAUGGGUUUUUAUGCCAGUUAAAGUUGUUUACAUGCAUUCACCGGGAGUCAGUCCCGGCAGAGUUUUUGUGGAGUCGGAUGGGAUAAAUUACUCCGGUCGAUAUAAAGAUUAUGCAAAAAUCGACCCUUUUCAGCCAGUAUCGUCUUCAUUUACUUACAUCGGAAUAAAAAGGCCUUCAAACGAAUCCAACGUUGAAGCAUUAAUUACAGCGUAUGAUACAUGUGGACGAGUUUGUAAGGCGAAGUGUCUAGUACUUGGUUCGCGGCCUCCUGUCUAUGAGUCAUGCGCAGUAUGA